AUGUCCUCACAACCAUCUAUUACCUCGAUAUCCUUUGAGCAACACGCCUCCGGACGAGGCAUCGGAGUCGCUCAACCCCGCAUCUCCUGGAAAUUCGCGGCCACCAUCGAAACAAUCCCCGACUGGGAGCAAAAAGCAUACACUCUUGAAAUUAUCCGCAACUCCGAAUCUCCAGAAUCUCACCUUAUUCAAUCCUCCGAAUCCGUGCUUAUCCCAUGGCCCAGCCAACCCCUCCAGUCUCGUGAAGCCGCCCAAGUUCGCGUUCGCGCCUAUGGUGGAUCGCGUGCCGAGCCGACAGAAUGGUCUGAAUGGACGACCGUGGAGUGUGGCUUGUUAAACCGGGAAGACUGGAUUGCAAAAGCAAUUGCCAGCCCAGUUAAGCAAACGGAAGGUCCAUUGCGACCACUCCGGUUUAGAAAGACAUUCGCCUUAUCUGCAGCGGCUGUGAAGCAAGCGCGUCUCUAUAUUACCAGUCUUGGAGUGUUUCAAGCUUAUAUUAAUGGUGUUCAUGUUGGUGAUCAUUGCAUGGCACCCGGGUGGACGAGCUAUAAGCACCGAUUGAACUAUGAGAUAUUCGACGUUGCGUCGCUCCUCAAUGCAAACGGGCCGAAUACCAUUGCGGUAGAGGUGGCCGAAGGAUGGUAUGCCACCAGACUAGGUUUCCACGGUGGUCGCCGGUUUCUCUACGGUGAUGAGAUGGCCCUGAUUGCGCAGUUGGAGAUUGAUUCCGGUUUGGAAAAGGAGACUAUCGUGACUGAUUCCACAUGGAAAUGUCACGAUUCAGCCUUGAUCACCAGUGAAAUCUACGAUGGUGAGGUAUACGAUGCUCGAGAAGAACAAGAAGGCUGGACUACCACCUCCUUUCCCGAGGAAUCCUCCUGGGACGCAGUUCGCGAGACCGAAUUCCCCCAAACAGAGCUCGUAUCACCCAAUGCACCGCCCGUGCGAGUCACAGAGGUCGUCAAGCCGAUUGAAAUAAUCAUGACACCGACAGGCAAGACGAUCAUCGACUUUGGCCAGAACCUCGUCGGUCGUAUCCGUAUCCCAUCACUCAUCAAACCGUCUAACCACAUCGUAACCCUCAUUCACGCCGAAGUCCUCGAAAACCAAGAACUCGGCAUUCGCCCUCUCCGCGUAGCUAAAUGCACAGACACCAUCACCUCCGCAGGCACUGAAAUCCGUAACUGGGCACCACGAUUUACAUUCCACGGCUUCCGCUACGUCCAGAUCGACGGAUGGAGUCCCGAGGAUGAUACCAACCCGCUUACCCUGGACAGUCUAACCGCCGAAGUGAUGCACACGGAUCUCAAACGCACCGGCUGGUUCAACUGCUCACACCCAAUGAUCAACAAACUCCACGAAAAUGCCACCUGGAGUAUGCGUGGCAAUUUCCUCUCCAUCCCAACAGACUGUCCCCAGCGCGACGAGCGUCUCGGCUGGACAGGCGAUAUCCAAGUCUUCGCUCCAUCAGCCAGCUUCCUCUACAACACCGCCGGCAUGCUAGGCGACUGGCUGAAAGACCUGGCCGCGGAACAACUCGCCUCACCAAAUGCCAUCCCCCCUUCGUCAUUCCAAACGUUAUCUCCGAAGACCUCUAUCUGGGACGACGUCACGAUCCUCCUCCCCUGGACUCUAUACCAAAGCUACGGGGACACCAAUAUCCUCCACAAACAAUACCCCAGCAUGACAGCCUGGCUCGACCGCGGCGUCCAGCGCGGCCCAGACCGACUCUGGGACGACACCCUCUUCCAACUAGGCGACUGGCUCGAUCCAACCGCACCACCCGACCAACCCGGUAACGCACGCACAGACGGGACCCUCGUCGCAGACGCCUACCUCGUACACGUAACACGCACCCUCUCCAGCAUCGCGACCAUCCUCAACGAAAAAGCCGACGCAACACGCUACGAAACAGAAUACCUCGCUCUAAAAGCCCGCUUCCAAACAAAAUACAUCUCCCCAGAGGGCUACCUAGUCGGCGACACCCAAACAGCCCUCAGUCUCGCCCUAGUCUUCAAUCUGCUCAACAAUCCCACACAAAUAUCCAACGCAGGCGCAAGACUAUCCCGCCUCGUCCGUCGCGCCAAAUUCCAAGUCUCAACCGGAUUCGCCGGAACACCCAUAAUCACACACGCCCUCACAAAAGCCGGCUACCAUCAACUAGCAUACCGCAUGCUCCAAGAAAAAACCUGUCCUUCAUGGAUGUACCCGCUUACCAUGGGCGCAACCACAAUCUGGGAACGAUGGGAUAGCAUGCGUCCCGACGGAGCCGUGAAUCCCGGCGAAAUGACUAGUUUCAAUCACUACGCGCUGGGCUCGAUAAUAAACUGGUUGCAUAAGAGUGUAGCCGGUGUGAGUCCGUUGGAGCCUGGUUGGAGACGGGUCCUUGUGAAUCCUGUUCCGGGGGGUACGGUUAGGAGUGCGGAGGCGGUUUAUGAGACUGUUUAUGGGAGGUUGGAGUGUCGGUGGAAGAUUGAGGAGAGGGGUGGGGGGAGGUUUGUGCUUGAGGUUGUUGUUCCGCCGAAUUCGUGGGCGAGGGUCGUGUUGCCGGGUGAUGCUGAUGGGGAGGGAGGGGGGAGGUGGGUUGGUUCGGGGAGAUAUACGUUUGAGACUAGGGUUGAUGUUAGGAUUGGGUGGCCGCCGAAGGCGUUGGGGCCGCCUAUGUUUGAGUUGGAGGAUACUUUUGUUUAG